AUGCGUGAUAACACCCAACUUCAUGAGGCUCGGGCGACUAUUCAAGAACUGAGGGACGACAAGGAUCGCCUCGAAAGUCAACUGCAAACUGCGGGUUUAAAGGAGGCCCGAUUUUUGUCGGAGAAAAACAAAGCCGAAGAAGAUUUGCGAAGGGUGACCAAACAUCUUGCUGAGGAACGGAUCUUAUGGGCCCGCGAUAUGGCGGAAAAAGAUCGGGUUUUGGCUCAGGCGAAAAAUGUGCAAGAGGAGUUGGAACGUAAGGCUGUAGCGGAGGCUCAUAAGGUGAGACACGAGUUGUCAGCCCAAUUGGAAAAAUUUCGUGUUGACACCGAUUUUGUGUCCCAGGUUCAGGAGCGAUACCAGGAUUUGACAGCUGAAGUAGAAGCUUGCCAUACCAAAAUCCGACUGAUGCAAGGAGAGCUGGAGGAGCGUGAAGAAAAACUCAAGGAGAUGCAGGAUCAUUGUGUUACACAUUGUGACUCCCUUGUCACUCAAAACAACAAACUUGCUGCAUCGUCGUCUUCGAAGUUAAAAGAGGUGGAGAACGCGCUGGCACAAUCCAAUGCAGAAAUCGAUGAUUUGACCAGCCAGCUAGCGGCUAUGCGGGGAGACAGGAAUUGGUUGAUAACUAAUGGGCUUGUGGGGGCGUUCGAGUAUCUGCGUGAAUCGUCCCAUUUUACUAGCCUGAUUGACCGUCUCUCCGCAGCUGCCUACCAAUCGGGGCAUCAUGACGGUGUUCAUAAAGGCUACAUGGAUUGCCAGCAAGUGGAGCGAGUGCCGCUGGAUUUUCAAGCUAUCAAAGAUAAGUUGCAGGCUGAUAUGGCGAGUGCCCUUGAAGCGGCGUAUACCGAGCCUCUACCGUGCUAUGGCGACCUAAUGGAUAAAGUCAAUGAGGAUGGAAUAGAAUCGCUGCGUCUGAUGCUGGACCCCGCGGAUGAAUCCGAAGAAGAAUGA